GUGAUCAUCGGAGAGAACGAAGUUGCUUCAAUGAAGUAUAAAGAGUAAUCAAGUGCUCGGAUGAAAUUAUUGUACAGUUCGCGUAUAUUCAGAACCCAUUAACGGCAAUGGCGUCCACGGAGUUGCGAAAACGUAAACGGGAAGAAUACGAGAUGCAGCUGUUCGGCUUUCAUUCAAGAGCCGUGUACGCAACCAUGCAAACUCUUAUUUCUGAAAGGAUUUGUGGUACAGCUGCAAAACUAUGCAAUACAAUUAAGGAAAAGUACAAACUAGAUUCUGGGAAUGUAACAAUGCUUAAGUCAAAUCAAAGGCAAUUAGAAAAGGCAUAUUGUAAAGCAGCAUUAUCACAUUUAAGAAUUAUUCAGAAUAUUGUAAAUAAAUACAUUGCUGUGCCAAGUAAUGUUUUGUUGGAAGAGGACAAGUAUCAGAGGACACAAUACACUGAUACAGAAUUUCAAAAUAUAAAACAAAGGUUGGAGGACUUACAACAAAGGGCAAAAAGAGCUACUAUUUUAAAUGCAUCUUUAAAGGAAGAAUUGCAGAUUUUGGAAGAGUUUCCUGUUACUGAGGAUAGAGUGAACAUUUUGCACAAGAGUAUUGAGAAUGGACUUAAAUGUACAGACAUAAACAAGCAAAUGUAUAAGUUAGUGGAAGAUUACAAGCAAUUCUCCACAAAUCUGUUUGGUGCCAUAACAAUUUCAGAAAAGUUAAAAUAUAAUACAGUAAACAAUCUUAAGUGCAAGGAAAUAGAUUUAAAUAGUCUGUAA